GGUCAGGGACUAUUUUUUUGGGCGGAAGGAAGGCUUUUAGUGAAAGUUUUCUUCAUGAAAGUUGCAUUGAUACAUGUCUUGGCUUAUGAUAGCAAGAAUGGUACAUCUCUAUAGCGACGGAUUUCGGGUUUGGGUCGGAUUCGGGUUAAACUAUAACGGUACCGUUCGGGUUGGGGUCGGGUCGGGUCAAAUGAUCUCGGGUACGGGCCGGGUUCGGGCCUCAGUUUAAAGCCUGUGCAGACCUCUAACAACGCCCUUCAGCCGUGACUUAUUCAUGAUUCAGAACAGCCUCUCAUGCCUUAUUGCUUACUUAAAAUCAAUAAAUAACCAAGAACUUGGCACAUGUGUCUUUUGUCCUUUUCCUUACUAUGUGUUUCUCAUUUGUCAUUGACACUGCUACAAGUUUUCUUUAAAAUUUGGGAAUGUUCUCCAAUGUUUAUUUAGUCAACUUAUCCUUGAUCUCUGGUGAUGACCUUUAUAGUGCUGUCACUCGCUUUUUAUUUAUCCGUGAGAACCACAAACGUCUCUUAAGAUUUGCUUUUCUAUUUUGGUCCCCGUCUAGAUAGAGAUGCGGGUGUGUGUGGUGUCCACACACAGUGGCUCGCCAGGGGACCUUCCUUUGAUACUGAAAAGAGAUAAAACUCAUUUCUCUUCCCUGUAAUCUCUCUUUCGUUCUGUUUUUGUUUUGAACGUUUAAAAAGAGCCUAUUCACAGACAGUUUAAUCGCAAAGCCACUGUGCCCUGAACUUCAGACUAAACAUCACCCUGGUACUGUUUAUGUUGACUAUGUAGAAGACUGUCUCCAGCUCUCUGCCUUUGACACUCCUCGCUUUCUCUCGGGAGUAAUCGCAAUCAAAUUGAAGACGAACGGAGAUGAACAGGGAGGAAAUGAGAGGUAUGCAGGGAGGAAAAGCUUAAUAUUUUCAAAUUUUAAAUGUAUACUCAAUAACCUCGCUCGUCAUCCAUUUUGCCCCCCAAUUUGAUGUUUUUUGGUCUAUUUUUGAAUGUGGUUUUGUACGCAUGCUAGAGAAUGUGUUGUGUUUGUGUGUUUCCAUGCUCCCUCGCUCACAUCUGGAAUACUAAGCUGAGAGUUGGACUCUCUUGUUGAUUCAUUUUCAUUUUUUCCUACGAUGACUGAGGCCAGCUCGUCCUCACCACGAGUACAUUUGUUUUUCUCUUCGCGAUGAAGGCAGAGGGAAUGAAGGAAAAUCUGGAUCUUAUUUGAGCCCGUUUCUUUCUGCCUUGACGUUCUGCUUGUAUCCUCACCACAGCUCAGCUGGAAUCUGCCUCGUGCGAGCAGCUUACUGCGGUCGUGUCCCAAGUCACCCAUCCCUGAGUAUGACAGCUGUGCCGUAGUCUUAGUCGUGGGAAAACGCUCUUCAAUGCUCCUCUGUGUUUUUAGAGUCAUUGGACUUGAGUUGGUGGUGUGGUUGGAGGACCAUUUCCACUCAUGCUCCACAAGUGGAUGCUUCUUUGUAAUUAUGCCCAGGCAUCAUAGGGUUACUGUACUUUAGCCCAACAACAAACCAAAUCCCCCUCUGUAUCUUUAUUGCUCCUGAAGUUGGGGUUAAUAAACCAGAGAUCUGCAAACUAAAGCAGCCUCCAAGGACAAAGAGCUCUGAGCUUUUGGAGUAAACCACGUCUGUAUCAGAUGAAUCCUGGACUUGUGAAUGGAAAAUACUCUCUAAAUGCACUGAUUAAAGUUUUUUUUCUAUUUCCAUAACAUUUCUUAUAGGGUUUAAGAACAGAAAAGUAUGAUGUAAUGUUAUUUUAUGCCAUCAGGUCCAGUACUUUAUGAAAUGAUUAGCUUUUGGCAGUUCCUGUACCUGUCCUUUAGUUGUCCCCCUUUAUGUUUUCUUUCUUUUUUCCAUUUGGCUCCUCAUGUAAAUUUCACCUCUGCUAGCUCAUUGUUUCAGUAGUUGGGGUUGGAUAAGGUUUGCAUGGAUGCAAAAGGGCAAGAAUUGCUUGGAUUGAGCCACGUGUCCACAGUUCCUUCCAAGACUGUGAAUUUUCAUACAUCAGAUCAUAUUUCAGGAAAUUCAUUGGAUGUUGGUGUAUUACUGGAAGCUUUCGUGCACACUUGCUAUUUGUUGCCACCAAAUGUCACAUAAGGUAAUGUUGAUGAUUUUAGAAGAAUGCUUUUAAUCAAAUAAACCCAAAAUGUUAGGAAAAUUCCACUUGCAAGUGAAUAUCCCUAUUCCUCAUUCAUUUUCAGUGUCAUUAUUCCAGUUUUCAGUGUCACAUGAUCCUUCAGAAAUUAUUCUAAUAUGCUGAUUUGAUGCUCAAGAAUCCUUUAUUAUUAUUAUCAAUGUUGAAAACAGUCAUGUUGCUUAAUAUUUUGUGGAAAGUAACCAUGAUGCAAAAAAAAUCUUACUGACCCCAAACUUUUGAAUGGUAUCAUCUGCCUUUUGAUUUGUGCCCAUUUAAUAUAACCUGUUUGUGGACUCAUGUUUGGAGCUGCGAGUAUGUACGGUCAUUUGAUGCACUCUCAGGUGAUGAAUGUGGUGAUGCAUUGCUUUCUGUAGAUGAGCUGCGGUCUGUGGUUUGUGUUAGUGUAUCUGUGCUUUUCCAGGCUUUACCAUACUCGCAUAAUAACUCACACGCACUUUUAUUCUAUGAGACCCACCAUGUGUUGUGUGAAGAAUGUACAGGGGUCACAACCCCACUUCAAAGCCUCCUUGCAUCCAUUUUUAACAGGCUGUUUUAUAGCACAGUAACUUUGAGCUUAAUGCCUCUGAUAGGCCCACACAUCCCAGCAAUGCACUUGAAAUUACAUUAUUAUGCUGUCACUGUUGGGCUUGAUAAUGGUAUAAAUUGAUGCUUAGCAUCUUUAGCAUUCCUAGUUUAAAAGUUAUGCCAGACACCAGGGUUUCAUGGGCUGCUUUUAUCACACAUACUGACCUCUGACCCAGAGAUCAAAGAUUAUAAGGUCAGGCAGUGGGAAGCACAAUUCACACAGUUGUUGUCCAUUUGCAAACAGCAUGAAGUUAGGAUCAUGGGAAAGACAUCUGCGAAUACAAGCAAAUCUGGCUGUGACACGAAUCUGCGUUGUAAAAUUAAGCAGUGUUGAGAAAUGCUAGUUUUAAAAAUACAAUAUUACAUAACUCGUUAUAAAAAAUACAUUUUUGUUAUUAACAAUAUUACAUUAUAAUAAAUAAAUUUUUUUUUUUUUUUUUUUUUGGAAAGUAGUCAGUUACUUUCCAAUAUUACUAUUUUCAAAGAUUAUCAACAGCAAUGUUUGUGGUGACGGCACUUGUGGACUAGUGGGGAGAAGUUUUAAUUUAUGUAAUUGUCAGUUAAUAAAAAUAAAUAUAACUAUAAAUAAUAUAAUUAUAAUAAAAUAAAAAAAAUAUGUAAAAUAAUUAUUUGAUUAAAAAAUGAGCAAAUAGUUGAAUUGAACAAUGGCAGUAUAUGUAACAAAGUUACUAUGUAAUUAGUAACAUUACCUCUGAGGCUCAGUAAACUUUCAAGGGGUCCGCAAGAUGACUUAAAAUUAUUUUAAUUCAUAUAUUAUUAUUAUUAUUAUUAUUAUUAACAUAAUAUCAUUAUUAAUAUACUCUCCCCAGCUAAAAAAAAAAAAAAAAAAAAAGCUACCGUUUGUAUUUAAAUAGGCAAAUGCUUAAGAGUCUAUGAUUGGAUCAUUAUUGCCGUGAUUAUUAUGUUUCUAGCAUAUUAUAUUUGGCAACAGUUCUUCUAACCCUAACUGAAGGAGUGUGUAACUUUUCAUUUCUUAGGAAGACACAUCAUGGCCAUAUUCCAGGAUGACAAUGUCAAGAUUCAUCAGUCUCAAAUUGUGAAAGAAUGGUUCAGAGAGCAUGAAGAAUCAUUUUCACACAUGAAUUGGCACCUCUGAGUCCAGACCUUAAUUUUAUUGAAAGUCUUUGGGAUGUGCUGGAGUAGACUUUACAGAGUGCUCACCUCUUGCAUUUUCAAUACAAUACAGUUCUUAAAUCCUCCAAAGUCCUGUUAACAAUAUAGUUAAUAUGAUUGUUUUAGUUCUGUUAAUAUCAUGUUAUAUAGAGGGCCAUUGAAUAUUGUGUUUGACAGUGGAAAGCCUUUGAGUCAAAAAACAAACAGCUGUGAUGGUCUCAUUGGUCUGUUGAGAGGUCAUACGAUUUCCUGCCAUCCAUUGGUGUCAGACUGCAUCACUGAGUAAAUACUCUGGUAUUUCCAAACGCAUUACAGCACACCUUUUGGAGCAGCCCAACAGUUAUCACCAUUAAAUUCAUUAUUCAGGAUUUAGCUGCUCAUUUAUCAGGGUUCUUAGCAAAUCCACAUCUCGGAUAGAUGCUGGAUUCCUCUGGCACUCCUCUGACAGAUGGAGCAGUUUUCAGAUGAUGAGCUGGAUCACGCCGCAGAGGAGGACAGCGAUAAAGAGGACCAGGACCUGGACAAAAUGUUUGGAGCAUGGCUCGGAGAGCUGGACAAACUCACAAAGAGUCUAGAUGAUGGGAGACCAGAGAAGAUGCAGAAAGCACCUCUCAGACAAGAGACAAACAUGGCCAACAUGGCCUACCGCUUUUCCAUUUAUAACAUCAACGAGGCUCUGAACCAGGGUGACGCAGUGGAUCUGGAUGCUCUGAUGGCGGACCUCUGUUCCAUCGAGCAGGAGCUCAGCACCAUCGGUAAGCCCAGCAGCUCUUCCUCUCGCCUCGGACUGGCCGGUGAGCCCAAAGUUCGUCAGAAGCCCCCGGCCGGCCGCAGUCACAGCACCAAGCACACGGGCAGCAGCAGCGGAGGGGCGAGUAGCAGUGGCGGCAGCACCAGCAGCAGUACCCGCGCCUCGCCCGCAUCUACGGUCAGAGUGGGCAGCACCACCAGCAGACCCUCGCUGGCAUCCAACUUCUCUCUGGAUGACAUCACAGCCCAGCUGGAAAAAGCCUCCCAAAGUAUGGACGAUGCAGCCAGGCAGAGCUCCACAUCCUUCGGCUCUACGGUCUCGGCGCCAUACUCUUCCUCCACUGUGCGGCGGCCGACCUCCCAUCAUCAUCAUCGCAGGACAGGGUCCGUGGGUACGGUCACCGAGCAUGAGGUGCGGUCGUUUGUCCACUCCUCUCGCUCUAGCAUUAACUCUGCUUCUGCGUCCAGCAUGGACUCGCUGGACAUCGAUAAACCCAAGUCUGAUCAGGACGGGUUACAGGACGGCCAGGACCAGCCGAGUUCAGAGCACUCGUAUCUGGACAGGGAGACCUCUCUCAUUCUGAAAAGCAUUGCAGGAAAACCCUCUCACUUGCUGACCAAGGAGGAACAAGCUGCCAAACAAAAAGCUGAGAAGAUCCGAGUAGCUUUGGAGAAGAUAAAGGAAGCACAGGUUAAAAAGUUGGUAAUCCGAGUGCACCUAUCGGAUGAAAGCUCAAAAACUAUGAUGGUGGAUGAGAGACAGACUGUGCGUCAGGUGCUGGACAGUCUGCUGGACAAAUCUCACUGCGGUUAUAGCCUGGACUGGUCUCUGGUGGAAAUCAUCACUGAACUCCAGAUGGAGAGAAUCUUUGAGGAUCAUGAGAACCUGGUGGAGAACUUGCUGAAUUGGACCAGAGACAGCACCAACAGACUGAUGUUCAUCGAACGCAUUGAGAAAUAUGCGCUUUUCAAGAACCCUCAGAACUAUUUGCUGGGGCGUAAGGAGACGUGUGAAAUGGCAGACAGAAAUAAAGAGGCUCUACUUGAGGAGUGUUUUUGUGGAAGCUCCAUCAGUGUGCCUGAGAUGGAAGGAGUGCUCUGGCUCAAAGACGACGGCAAGAAAUCCUGGAAGAAGCGUUACUUCCUGUUACGAGCCUCUGGGUUAUAUUACGUGCCAAAGGGUAAAGCUAAGGCCUCUAGAGACCUGGUUUGCUUCCUGCAGCUGGAUCAUGUUAAUGUGUACUUGGGUCAGGACUACCGCAGCAAGUAUAAAGCCCCAACUGACUACUGCAUGGUCCUGAAGCACCCUCAGAUUCAGAAGAAAUCACAGUACAUCAAGUAUCUGUGCUGUGACGAUGUCAGAACACUGCAUCAGUGGGUUAACGGAAUACGCAUUGCCAAGUAUGGGAAGCAGCUGUAUGUGAACUACCAGGAAGCUAUGAGACGCACAGAAGCUGCUCAUGAUUGGUCCUCCCUGUCCAGUUCCAGUAUCAAGUCUGGUUCCAGCUCCUCCAGUCUACCAGAAUCUCAAUCCAACCACUCCAGCCAAUCAGACAGUGGCGUGUCAGAGACUACAUCCUCUGGUCAUGUGCGCUCUCAGAGUGUUGUCAGCUCUAUCUUCUCUGAGGCCUGGAAGAGAGGCAAUCAGGCAGAUGAACCCAAGAUGAGAAUGGAUGGCCCACCAACACACCCUGCUAGAGCCUCUUACCCUCUACAGCUUCCCCAGUCUAUCCAGUCUCGUAGCAGCUACAGCGGUGUGUCCCCAGUGUCCCCUACCUCGCCCCCAUCUCCACCACCGCCGCCUCCACCACCUCCCCCGCUCCCCAACCCCACGCACCACUCCACUCCGAUUAAGUUCACUAAAUACAGCACCCUUGCUAGGCUGCAAAACAUCUCCCAGGCUCCAAAUCAUUACAAACAGACCCCCUUAUUGGUAGUACAGCAGCAAACUACUCCCCCAACGCCACCCCCACAGUGUCUCAAACCUGUUAUGAAUAAUUUGGCAGAAACUGCCAGCAGUCCUCCUCCGCCCCCACCACCACCACCUCCUCCAGAGAUGCCAGUGCCAGGGUCAGCCAUGGCGGUGUUGAAGCACGCCCCUCUCAGCCCCCACUAUGCUCCCCCUCCACCUCCAGAGGAUGACCAGCUGCCACCGCCAUCUCACCUACACAGUAAUGGUUACUUGCCUCCACCACCACCCCCAGAACAGUUAAAAUACCCACCUCCCCUCAGCACCAAUGGGCUCCAGCAGUUCUUAGCUCAGAAGUUCCCUAAUAUGGCCUAUGAAUUCUCAUCUGUCCAGCAAGAUGAAGAGCCUCCACCACCACCUCCAGUGUGUUUCUCUCCACCACCUCAGCUGUCAGGUCCACCUGCCCCACCUAAAACCUUCACUGGUGGGUUUCCACCCCAGACAGCUCCAAAACCUGGCAUUGGCAUUUCCCCCGUUUCCCCUGUGCCCCCUUCUCUGUCUCCAACUCCUCAGGCCACCAUGAAGAAACAGCAGAGCCUGUCCAGUGGUCACAGUCCCAAUCAACCUCCACCGACACUUCCCAAACAAUAUAGCCUUUCUUCCAAAGCUCCAUCUGUAUCUGCCCCCAUCUCUCCCACCCAAUCGCUGGUAAAGCAGAUUGUAAACCAGUUCCCUGACACUAUUGAUGGAUCCAAAUGUCCCAUAUCUCCUCCUGUGGUAAAAACCAAACCAAAAUGGCAGCCAGGAGGGCAGGCUCAACCACAAUCUCCUGAAUUUCCUCCACCUCCACCAGAGAGCACCCUUGAAUUCCCUCCACCUCCUGCUCCAAGCCCACCUCCUGCCCCACAGUCUUCUGGCAAGGUGGGAUCACCAAUCAAGAAGUCCCCAUCAACAUCAUCAAAUUCUUCUACUGGUUCAGCAGGGAAGAAGCCUCCUCCGACCCCACAGCGCAACUCCAGCAUGAAGUCCACUUCUUCGGUUGAGUACCAGGAGUCCAAGAAAGUGGAGGAUCUGGUCAGCAUGUUUGCCCAAACUAAUCAAGCCCCACCCAGUUCCUUUUCAACUCCAUCCUCUACGACAGGAUCACCUUCCAAGGACUCUUUUGCAGGACCUCGGGCACCACCAAAACCAGGCAAGAUUAACUUGGCUAAUCUGCCUCUGGCUCUCCAGGGGAAGCAAGGUCAAUAUCUCCAGUCCAGCUCAGACUUCCCCUCUCCUCCUCCGGAGUGUGAAUUUCCCCCUCCGCCGCCAGACUCGGAACUCCUGCCUCCUCCACCUCUCCCAACAGAACUGCACACUGGGGCUCCCAAAGUAGCCGUGGUAAACCCUCAACCCCAACACUCCUCCAGCUCCACAUCCUCAUGGAAGCAGAGCUCCUUGAAGAAAGCACUGCCUCCAACUAUGCACCGCCGCAGCAGUGGCCCCCCUGAGCCACUUGCCCUUUCUCCACCUCCUCAACAGAUGCCUCUGUCCUCUUUUAACUCUCAGAUCCCACCAACUUCCCCCAAGGCCAAUCUGUCCAUCCAGCCCAACUUUCUGGAAGACCUCAACAGAACUCUCAAAAGGAAGUCCAUGACUCGACAUGGCUCCCUCACCUCCUCACGAAUCUCAGCCAAGCUGGAGCCAGUAGCCACCAUGGACGAUAUGGCCCUUCCGCCCCCUCCUCCAGAGCUGCUGCUGGGACAGCAGAAAAAGGGCGGAUACAUGAGCGCCAACAUCUCAGGCUAUGCAACAUUACGGCGGGGUCCUCCGCCGGCUCCACCCAAACGGGACCAAAACACUAAACUGACAAGCGAGUGGUAGAUGGGACAUGUGCCGAGUACGGAUAUGCUACUCUCCUUUUCCACUCUGUUUAUCUUCAACGGCUGAAACAUUUGCAUUAAAAUAAUACUCAUUUUAACCCCAGAUUAUAACCACAGUAUGAAAAAGCCAAACCAUCUAUAACAUAAGCUUCUCUGCGUGUUUGUGCCGCUUUGCUAUUAAGUGUAGCAGAUAUACAAAAAUUCCGAGAAAAAGAGACUGACGUUGUUAUUAUAGGUACUGCAUGGACACUGCUGUGAGGAAAGGGGAUAAUGUAUAUGUAUAUGAAAAUAUAUAUGUGGAACUCUGGGGUGGGAGGGAACUUGUACUUUUUUUAUAUGAAAUUAUUUAAUACCUGAAAUAUAUUCUUAUUUUAAAGUUUAGUUUUGAAACCCUUGACUAUAAACGUUAAACGUGAAUAGAAAAUCAGGGUUGUUGAACCGAUGCUUGUGUGUGUGCGUGCGCGCAUUUUGUCUGAGUGAUUUGGUUGAUCCACUCUCAGAAAAACAGUGAGGGCCUGGUAAUAAUGCCGCCCUUGCUUGUCAUUAGUUGUGCAAAUCCUGAUGUGGGAAUUGCACUUGUGUAGCAUACAUUCUAAAUGAAGUAUUCUACUAAAUUUUCCACGUUUAAUUUAAAUGGUUUUGAACCUUCCACUAAAAUGUCAAGAAAGAAAAAAACAACUAUCAUUGUUAUUGAUAAAUCUGUUAUGUUGUGUCGCUGUGGACCCUUACUUUUCUUGAAGAUGUCCAAAUGUUAGACAAGGAUGAAAAUGAGCCUGUUACCACUUGAGUACAUCUUGAGCUUUGAGUAACUGGUCUGUGUGUGGAAUCGGAUGUGCUGUCUGUUUAUAUUGGUUACACUGCUAUCUAUCUGUACAUACAGCUGCAGUUCCUGACUUUAUCAAUGUGCGUUAGCUCUGCAUGGGUGAAACACACAGUAGGAAGUGAUGUUGUUCUCCUUAUUUUGACCUCUGUCUACACACAGUGCUGUAUUAAAGUGUCACAUAUCUGGAACAUCUAUCUCUCAUGUCACAGAAAUGUCAAAAUGUACUGACAUUAAUUUAGCAUGCAUGCUUCCAUUGUAUGGUUUGCCUAAGAUUGCACACUUUGUUGGGUUUUAGGAUCAUAGCCACAAAAUAAAAGGUGUCAUGUCAAGUUUGCUUGACUUACAAUGCAAAAAGAAUUCACUGUGUGCCUACUCUCAUUGUCAUCCAUCUAGCAAACUUGAAUGCGUAGGUUGAGGAAAAUAUGCACCUGUUGGUUUUGCGUCUCCAAAAAAAUCCUUCUGUUUUGAAAGGCUGAGCAAUGAAAUAUAGGAUCAGAUACAUUUCUCUUUACAGACAGGAGUACAGAGCUAAUGCUGUUUCUUAAAGUCAGGAACCUUUAGUAAAAUAAAUGGGGAAGUAAAUGUCUGUUACAUUUAAACUGAACAAUAUAAAUGUGUAAAUCACACCGAA